AUGGUCUCAUUUACACGCAUCCUCGGCUUGUUAACUAUAUCUUAUUUUCAAUCAUGCAGUUCCGUUUAUGCAGAACUUGCUAGGUGGGUCUCAGUUGAAGGCAAUAGUACAAUAUCACUCCCCUUCAACGAGACUGCACUUUUGGCAGUUCUGACUCCAAACAACUACACAACACGAUCUCUCACUAAAUAUGACGUUAAUGACCCUCUAUCUAAGAGGGUAGUUGAUGCCUAUGACCCUGCUCUCCAUCCAAAUGGAAGAUGUCCUAUCAGCAGUUUCUAUGUUCCACACAAUGACGAUACAAUGUGUGAUGCACAAUUUCAUAUUGGCGCCGACGCAUCCUAUGCAUCUCAGAGCUCCUCGUGCUCUAGAUCCAUCUUUCGAAGACUCCACUGCCAACUUUGCGCUGGCAGGAAUAUUCGGAACCCUUCUGAAAUCAAAUAUUACGAUACACAAUGCGGUAAAAACCAAGUCUGUACACAAGACAGCCCACGAUGGAACUCGUGGGGCAGAUUGGAGCCCCAGAGUUAUUGUCAUGAUGCAAAUACGCUAGUGGAAUUAGCUGUUGCUAAAGGUGCGACUCUAAGAGAGUACUGUUCCCAAAAGUUCCGGUUUCCCAAAGCUGGAAGUGGAAAAACUGCAACUUUCCACGCAUGGCUCUAUGAUACAGUUUCCGGCCUGCGCCAACCAGCUCAAUGGAUUUAUUUGAAGGUAAAUGGUGCCUACGCAAGAGCAGUUCAAUCUUCUGAGGAUUGGACUACAAAGUUUCCAAUUGAUUCGGGGAGCAGUUGCGAGAUGUGUAUAUUCCCGUUCAACACCGACUAUGAUCUAGAGCUCGAUUGGUCAGCUGAGUUAUAA